AUGUCGUUCCGCGGCGGAGGACGCGGCGGAGGCGGAGGAGGAGGUCGAGGCGGUGGCUUUGGUGGCCGAGGCGGCGGAGGCGACCGGGGCUACGGCUCCAGAGGCGGUCGAGGCGGUGGAAGGGGUGGCUUUGCCAACGCCGGACCUCCAGAGUACGUCCAGCCCAUGGGCACCUUUUGCCACGCCGUAGAGGGCGAGAUGCUCUGCCAGUCCACCGACCCCAAGCACGUCCCCUACUUCAACGCGCCCAUCUUCCUCGAGAACAAAUCCCAGAUCGGCAAAGUCGACGAGAUUCUCGGUCCGAUCAACGAGGUGUACUUUACCAUCAAGAUGGACCCCGGCAUGGUCGCGACAUCCUUCAAGGAGAACGACAAGGUCCUACUGGACGGCUCGAGCUCACAUCGUUCCUGUCCUCGCCACCCGUAA